ACAACAUUGCGGUUAAGUUUUGUAAGCUUGGAAAAACAGUGCCAGAGGAAGGAACCAGCAUCGGUGUAUGCUAUCUUUCAUACAGUACACGUUAGGAAUUAUGAGCAGCCUGGGCAACGGAAACCAGCAAAACAAUAUGAACAGCAACACAGGAAGUAGCCAAAACUCGGCUGCGGAGGGCACAAUGGAACGCGGCAGCUGCAUCCUGGUGCGUUACGCAAGCCAAAACUCGCUGGACGAAAGCUCCCAGAAGCAGAUACCGCGCACAAAUGGAAGGGAAAAGACGACCGGAGCGUACCGCAACAACAUCCACACGCAGCGGUCGUUCGAGGCCAUGAACAUGAUGCGAGAGCAAAACCUCCUCUGCGACGUGGUGCUGGUGGCGGAUGGCAUCGAAAUUCCUGCCCACAAGAUGGUGCUCGCUUCGUGCAGCCCGUACUUUUACGCCAUGUUUACCGGGUUCGAGGAGAGCCGCCAGGAUCGCAUCACUCUUCAAGGCGUUGAUCCGCGCGCCCUGCAGCUUCUGAUCGAGUACGUGUACACGGCCGUGGUGGAGGUGACGGAAGAGAACGUACAGAUACUGCUGACCGCCGCCAACCUGCUACAGCUUACUGACGUCCGGGAUGCGUGCUGUGACUAUCUGCAGACUCAGCUCGAUCCUAGCAACUGCCUAGGCAUCCGCGACUUUGCCGACAUUCAUGGGUGUAUCGAUCUGCUGAAUUAUGCCGAGACGUACAUCGAACAGCAUUUUUCGGAGGUGGUUCAGUUUGAUGAAUUUUUGAAUCUCACCAGCGACCAAGUGGUACACCUUAUACGAAGCGAUCGCUUAUCAGUCCCAACGGAAGAGAAGGUUUAUGAAUGUGUCAUCACGUGGAUUCAGUACGAUGUCGAUGGUAGGCAGCACAACCUUGCCGAACUGAUGGGGCACGUACGGUUGCCGCUGCUUUCCCAGGACUAUCUGGUGCAGCGUGUCGAGAAGGAACAUCUCAUGAAGGACGAUCUGCAGUGCAAGGAUUACAUUAUCGAAGCGCUUAAAUAUCAUCUACUCAAGGGGGAGCAGAAAACCUCCUUUAAAACACCCCGAACGAUCCCCCGGCAACCGGUUGGUCUGCCGAAAGUGCUCCUCGUCAUCGGAGGUCAAGCGCCGAAAGCUAUUCGCUCCGUCGAAUGCUACGAUCUGCGGGAGGAAAAGUGGUACCAGGUGGCGGAAAUGCCAACGCGCCGCUGCCGGGCCGGAUUGGCCGUCCUGGGCGACAAGGUGUACGCGGUCGGAGGGUUCAAUGGGUCGCUGCGGGUGAAGACGGUCGAUGUGUACGAUCCCGUGCUCGAUCAGUGGACCACGAGCCAAAGCAUGGAGGCACGCCGUUCGACGCUCGGUGUCGCGGUGCUGAACAGCUGCAUUUACGCCGUCGGCGGGUUCGAUGGCUCGACCGGACUGAGCUCGGCGGAAAUGUACGAUCCGAAGCGACAAGAGUGGCGUAUGAUCGCAGCGAUGUCCACCAGGCGUAGCUCGGUGGGCGUCGGGGUCGUGAAUGGUUUAUUGUACGCAGUCGGUGGAUACGAUGGCGCAUCGAGACAGUGCUUGGCCUCGGUGGAACGGUACAAUCCGGCGACGGACACAUGGACGCAGAUCGCUGAAAUGUCCGCCCGACGCAGUGGCGCCGGAGUGGGAGUGCUCGAUAACAUCCUUUAUGCCGUCGGAGGGCAUGAUGGUCCGUUGGUGCGCAAAUCGGUCGAGGCGUACGAUCCCGUUACGAACAAAUGGCGUCCGGUUGGGUUUAUGACGUUCUGUCGACGUAACGCCGGGGUCGUCGCACACAAUGGCAUGCUGUACGUGGUCGGUGGAGACGAUGGGCUGUCCAACCUGGCGUCGGUGGAAGUGUACAGCCCGGAAACGGAUAGCUGGCGCAUCUUGCCAUCCUCGAUGAGCAUCGGCCGCAGCUAUGCCGGUGUGGCCAUGAUAGAUAAGCCCUUGUGAAGCGAGCAGCAGGGCGCACGGGCCGCCACAACACAACACUCCUCGCUUCCCAUGCAUCCCCAUCCUUCCUAUUCCCGGUACGCAAACUGUUCGGUGGCGCAGAAUGUCCCGUUGGAAGCCUCCGGCCAACCAUCGACAGCAGCAGCAGCAGCAUCAGUUGGAAAUGAUGAUGAAAACAGUCAAGCCGAGGGUCUUAACGAAGGUCCCGGUGGUAACAACGGUAAUCAAGCACAUGGCAACAAUGUACACUACGAAAACAUUUACGAAUCGAUCGAACAGUUUGCUCCGAUGAAUGGUGGUGCCGCUGGAGGCAACGUUGUGGCUCCCGUGGGUGUCCCUGCGGUGUCAAAUCAGCAACAAAUGAGCGCAGCAUCCAAUCAACCCCAACCGGGUCCGUCGGGGCUCUCCGGACAAACACAUCGGCCGAUAAAUGGAGCAGGUUCAGCUGGAGGGUCCAACGGAGGAGGAGCAAUGCCUCCGCCGCCUCCCAGUAUGCUCCACAGCAUGCAACAACUUUACCAUCCGAUGGCGUACCGGAACGAGCUUUAUGAUCGCACCGCAGGUUAUGAUGUACCGCGGGGUCGUACGUACCAGAGUCAACCCAUUGCAUCCGGAGCUCGCUACGCAAAUCUACACCUCGAUCUAAACCGACCACCUCGUUAUCCAACGGGGUCUUUAAAUCCGCAGCAACAGCAGCAACGAACUCCCAGAAAGCGAAGCUUCGACGACACGGAAUCCGCCUACCAGUACUAUCGCUGUCAGAACCUACCGAACGGGUCGGCCAAAUACGAUAAUCUCUACGAACGGGUUCGGGAGGAACCGGCGUAUCAAAACACGGGCUCGUUUGCACAGGCCGCCAGCUCUGCCCCGAAUCGGAGCGGUCUUUUCGGCCGGUUUGACGUCAUCGGACACGGUGUGGGUCGUAUCGAGCGGCAUUUGAGUUCGUCCUGUGGUAACAUCGAUCAUUAUAGUCUCGGAGGGCAUUACGCUGUGCUGGGACACAGUCAUCUGGGCACGAUGGGCCACAUUAGGCUCAGUCAGUCCAAUGGUACUGCAGGAGCGGGCGGGUCAACUGCCAAUGGAGGGAAUGGAAACCCUUAUGCUAGUGCCCCGAAUCAACCAAACCACGGGGUGUCGAAGGAUUCCUCUUCAGCAGUCAAUGUGAAGAGUUUCUUCAGCUGCCUGGGAGGGGAAAAUUCACAAUCGAUGAACAAUCUGAACAAACCAGGAUCUUCGUCUACGAAUGGUUCGACGAGCGGCUCGUCGAUGUCGAACGGAAAUGGAUCCGGAGAAGGAACGGGAGCCACCGGUAGCGGACAGGGAAGUAGCAUUAUCGGUGGCUUGGCGAGUGCUGCAGCUGUCGGGUCAUCCGGUGCUUCGAGCAAUGGCGCAAUAUCUAAGUCCACCGGAACCAUUCCGAAGAUCAGCAAGAAGCUGAAGCAAUCACAGCAGCAACAGUGCAAUGAAUCAAUGGCAGGUCCACCAUCAGCCGGCCCUGUGGGUCCACUGGCGCCGGCAGGAGAUAUUGCGGCCUCGGGGGAGCUCGGCCCUUGCGGUAGUCGCGUUACCAAACCUUCGCUGCAGUGGUUGCUAGUAAACAAAUGGCUCCCGCUGUGGGUCGGUCAGACGCCACCGGACUACAAGUUUAUUGAUUUUAAUUUCAUGUUCUCCCGAAACUGCGACGGAUGCGCGUCGGCCGGUGGUUCGCACGCCCAGCAGGAACUGGUGCGCUACGGAACGCUCGAGCAGCAGGCAGACUACAUUCCACCGGCACGAGAGUACCCGACGAUGACGGGUAGUUAUCCGAGGGUGCUGAGAAACACUCCUCAGCUGGCCAGGUUGCGCGAGCACGAGUACGAAAACGUGCCGUUGAAUGAUUCCCCAUCGACGAUGGCGGGAUCUUCUACGGGCGCCGCAGGCCGUUCCGCUUCACUGCGUACCGCUUCAUCGCUCGCGACGGCACGACCGGUUCAUUCGGAUAGUGCCGGGCGGGUUGGGUCGUUGCGAAGAGCCGAAGAUAAACGGGCUCCGGUAACGGCAGCUGGAGGGGAUCCGUUCCGCACGUGGUCUUUCAACUUCGAGAACAACACAUUCCGUCCGGCUCGGAAUACACUUCCGACCGGUGGUAGCGCAGCUGUUGCUGCGUUCGGUAAGUCACGUGAUGUGCGCCGUAUUACCGAUGGAACGUUUACCGCUCGCGACCUGCAGCCGGACGGGGAAAAACCUGGUCCCAGUGGGUUACAGUUUGGUGCCGCCGGAAAGCCAGUAUCGCGAGAGACCCCGAAACAGACAGACACUUCCGAUGGAAGGCUCUCGUCUGCCUCGACCUCGUCGGAUUCGGAUAACUUUGCAAUUGAAUCACUCGCUGUCGAGUCGGUGGCGGAUGGACAAACGGUGGUGUUGGAGCCCGAGGAGGACAGUAGCCGGUCGGGAGAUUUUCGUCCAUCGGAGGAUAGCCCUGGCGAGGAGGAGGAGGGUGCGGUCGGGGGUGUCGAAUCGAAGGGCAAAGAGCGUGGUUCAUCGGCCUCGAACGAUUCGCUGGAGUCGCUUACCUACGAACCGGAACCGGCGGAGGCAGCCGAUCGGAGCCUAUCGGAGGAUGAACUUGACGGGGCUGCGCGAGUGGAAGGCAGUUCCCCCGCCGGUGGGGGUGACGCAGCAAAACCCCAGGCCGAACAGGAAGAGAAGUUGUCCGAGUAAUAACAUGACAUCGAUAGUUAGUUCUUAUUCGUUUUAGUCAUUCUAAUAAGUGUAGUAAGCAUGGGUAGGCCUAAAUUUUAAACUCUUCUUGUGAUCAAAACCACCUAAAACAAAAGAAAAAGAAAAACGGACACAUGUCGUGUCUCAAUGAGGCUCUAAAUUUGCAACCGAUUUCCGUCUGAAAUAUCGCUCAAUAUUUAUUGUUUCCCGUUUUUCUAUCCUUCAUGAAAAUUAGCUUUUUUUUAUUUAUUCGUGUUCUGUUAAUUUUUCGUUUCGUUAUACUGCUUUUUUUAUUUAACUUCAAUUAUACAUCCUUACUGUUACUGUUAGAAAAUCUUAAUCAAUAAUCGGGUAUGGUUAGCGAUGAGCAAAGAGAAAGGAAACAUAUUUAAUCUACGAUUGUUCAUCAGGAAGGGUAUCCAAAAUUAAUGAUCAAUUUGAGUGAGAAUAUGAUGGACCGCAGCAUAAGCGCGUAUGUAUCGGUUGAAGUUGCGUGAAAGAGCUGACCGGAAAGCGUAGAGUUAUGGUGAUGAAUUUUAAAACACAUAUAUAUAUAUAUAUAUAUAGAUACUGUAUAGUCAAUAAUUCCAUUGUGGGGGCAUUUAACGUACGAUCGAACAUUGUAGCGACUAAGCAUUUCCAUCUGUUCCAGCUGCGCUGUGCCCUCGUCGUUUCUCGAGCGUUUAUUGUUGGAGUCAAGCUGGCGUUAAUGUUAGUUUUUGGACGAGGGACAGAAAAUAGUUUUAAUAUUGCGCACGAUGGUUAAGUAGAAACAACAAAAAACAUGAAACAAAGUAAAACCUCUCAUUCCCGAAACUGUAUUGUAGUGCAGAUACAAAAGCAAAGUAUAAUAAUUAUAAUAAGAAGUAUAAAAGCGGUAGACGCACAAAAAAGAACAGAAAUUGAACACACAAAGCAUAUUAUUAAACACACAUAGACAAACAUUUUGGAUGCUGGAUAACGGAGACGCAAAACAGACGUAAAAACAUAAAUGUUCGGUAUUUUACUAGCAAACAUAGCGGCUCUUUCUGGUUACUACCAAUUCUUAUAUUUACACUCCUUUUGCAAUAGCUAUGGACGGCCGUACAGGGAUAUCGUUGUGACGGCGAGCAAAACGGAAGGUGACAGCAAAAGCUGGAUAAAUAUCUCGCCAGAUAGAACUUAUUCAUUCGAUCUGCAUUUCAUAUAUCUGUAGGAAGUUGAGAUGUAUCGUCAUCAUUACAAUAAACGUGAAAUGUGAUUU